GCUGGGGUGUUUCAAUCGACGAGGGGGAGGGGUGUUUGGAAGAGAAUGGCUGCAGGGGGUGGGCAAGGAGGCUGGGGGUGUUCAAUUGUUGAAGGGGUAAGGGUGUUUGGAAGAGAGGGUUGGAAGGGGAGUUAAUUAGUUUAUUUAUUUUUUAUUUAAAUUUAAUUUUAUUAAAAAAUUAUUUUUAUAAUUAUUUUAAAUUAAAAUAUCAUAUAUCAUUAUUAAAUUCGUUAUUUUACCAUAUUAUUAGCGUGUGUAUUAUAUGUAGUUUAUAUUUUUUGCCACGUUAAUAAAUUAGACUCAAUUAAAAUUAUUUAUGAAAAACUGAAUAGUUUAAUAUGUACCUGAAUUAAUUGACAUAGUUAUUGGGAAAAAUGAAAUAGUUAUUCCGUUGAAUCCUUUUUCCACCGGUCCUUCUUCCUACUAGACCCCACCCCCACCUCACCUUUCUCUCCAUACUUCCAUUUCGUUCUUUUUAGUUGUCAUUAUAUCAUUCUACUCAUAGCACGCCAACACGUUCCUCUCUAAAAUCUCUUUGUAUUUUUGACUUUGUGGGGAGAGCCAAGAAAAGAGAAAAUAGGGAUAACCCAGAAGCUGAAAUGGCAAGAAUUCCAGUUGAAUUGGAAAUGCCAUUAAAGUGGUGGGAUGAAGUCAAUGAAUCAGUUGAAUGGCAAGAUGGGAUUUUUUACUCUCUAUGUGCUGCUUUUGCUCUUGUCUCCUCUGUUGCUCUUAUUCAAUUAAUUAGAAUACAAUUGAGAGUACCUGAAUAUGGUUGGACAACACAAAAGGUUUUCCAUUUCAUGAACUUUGUUGUAAAUGGAGUCCGCGCCAUUGUCUUUGGAUUUCACAAAGAAGUGUUUCUGUUCCAUCACAAGGUGUUGACUUUGGUAUUAUUGGAUCUACCAGGCCUGCUUUUUUUCUCAGCAUAUACACUUCUUGUUCUAUUUUGGGCUGAGAUAUAUCGCCAGGCUAGAAGUUUACCAACGGAUAAGCUGAGAACCUUCUAUAUUUCAGUAAAUGGUGCAAUAUAUUUCAUACAGGCUUGUAUUUGGGGGUACCUCUGGAUGAACGAUAACAGCACGGUGGAAUUCAUUGGGAAGAUAUUUAUAGCAGUUGUGUCAUUUAUAGCUGCAUUAGGUUUUUUGCUGUAUGGAGGAAGGUUAUUUUCUAUGUUGAGACGCUUCCCCAUCGAAUCUAAAGGGAGAAGAAAGAAGCUUCAUGAGGUUGGAUCUGUAACUGCCAUUUGUUUCACUUGUUUCCUCAUUAGAUGCUUUGUGGUUGCGUUAUCUGCUUUUGAUGCUGAUGCGUCACUAGAUGUCUUGGACCAUCCAGUUCUAAAUUUGAUAUACUACGUGCUCGUGGAAAUUCUUCCUUCAGCUCUUGUGCUCUACAUCCUGCGGAAACUACCUCCGAAAAGAGUGUCUGCUCAAUACCACCCUAUCCGUUAGCUGCAGUGGAUAUAUGUCUUCUAUCCUACAACUUCUCGAUGGUUGCAGCAUGCAAUUGAAGUUAGUGUAGUUCUGCAAGGAGGUAUGGAGCCGCAGAAAAGGAUCCAGGAGUGUAAAUCGUGGAAAGGCGGGGAAUAUCUCAAAUUCUUUUUGCUAGUUGCAGAGGGCUAUUGUGCUUACAUGUCUUGUUUCUUUUUGAGUUUGAAGUUUGAAGAUGGAAAUUUGUAUAUUAAUGGAACAAAGAAAAUCAUGAAAAUUAUUCUCAUCACUUCAAUGAGAUUGGUUUUUUGUCCUUUGGUUUCAUAUCUUGUACCAUUUCAUUGUUAGUCCAUGUCCUGUACUAUAGUAUCCCUUUGUAUUUGUCAUCAUAAUUAACCUAUUGAUGAAUAAUGUGAUAUCCCUGAAGUGAUUUGAUACUCA